AUGUGAUUAAAGGAAUAUUCCAGGAUUUUUUAUUCUUAGAAUGUAAGACAGGGGCAGCAGAGUUAGUCUAGUUACUAAUAUACUUCACUUACCUGUGUUUGGUGGCCAGUAUAUAAUAUCUUUGUCUUUAUUUUUUGCAGCCUAUAAAAUGAGUGUUGUCUCUGACCUUUCCCAGCUUGCUGUGUGGACCGAGACAAUACAUCACAAGUCAGGUGCUGAAAGGGAGCUUGGCUGCUUUGUCUGUUUUGUGUGAAGCCGGCCCCGUGAUGACAUGUGCAUGCAAUAAUCAUCACGCAGAUCCACAGCUUGUGUGUCAGGUGAUGUCUGGCAAGUCAUGUGAUCAAAGGGAGCAUAGCUGUGCUGCAAUGGGUGGGCUGGCCGAUUUGUGGGAGGGAAAUAAGUCACUUCCCACUUUGAAACAAAGGAUUCUGGGGAUUGUGGUCUGAGGGAGGCCACAGAAACAUGGAAGAAGACAGUUUCCAAAAACAAGCUAGCAGCAUGAUGGGGGACACAGGACAUGGCCAUUUACCACUAACACAAGCACAGAUCCUUGGUAAGCACGCCCAUUACUAUAUGACACUUAAUAACUAAAUUCACUUUAUGUUGGAUAACCCCUUUAGCACAACCAUAAAUUUUACCCAUGCAGCCCUACUCUAACACACACUUGAUAUACAGUAAGUAGCAUAUUUUGUAAAAUGUAAAUUUUUGAUUCCUUGCCCUUUAAAUGUCAUUUUAGUUAAGUAGGUGACAUGCUAAAGCAGGAUACUAAUGUGUAAGGAUUUCUAGAGCACCAGUAUUCCCAGAAGACCCGGCCUGUGAUGAGACAUACACUAGAAAGGUGAUGAGAGACAAUUGGGGCUGGAUUAAAGAGGACGAGAAGGAGGGGACUGGAUCAUAUUCUGCAGCCCCAUGUACAGAUGGGGAGGAUGAGAGAGGGAGCUUACAAAAAGUCAGUGAAAGAGAGAAAUAGGUGCGGGAGAGACAGGAACACACGUAGUCAUAUAACAGUGUGAAAGAUGGGAGGACAGAAGAGAAGUCUGGGGUGAGGGAGGAGAGGAGUAUGAAUGGGAAUGAUAGACUUCUAUAGACGACGAGGUGGCACGGUGUCUCACUGGGUUCUCCAAGCAUAACGUCUGUCUCUUAGCAUCAGAGCAGAAGGGAUGGAGGGAGCGUUUCCCACAGAUAUGAUGGAGGCAGGCAGAAGAGAAUGAGUAAUUUAAGGGAGGAACAAAGAAAAGUGCAGCUGGGUUCACGAAAAGUCAGAGGAGACGUAUAGACAUCUGGAGACAAAAACUGUGCCAUUCCUAGAAACCUCAGCUGGCAUCCAUGACAAUCCCUUCAGGUCUCACGUUCUGGCUAGUGCUGGUCACUACCACCUGGAUGGUGAGAGGCCACCCACAGUGUUUGGAUUAUAAACCCCCAUUUCAGCCAUCAAAACCCCUGGCCUUUUGCACAGAUUAUUCCUCCUUUGGAUGCUGUGAUGUUCAUCAGGACAAAGCCAUCGCUGACAGGUUCCGCUACAUCACUGAGUUCCUGGACCAAACUGGGGUCAACGUCUGUGGAGACUAUAUCCGGAACAUCCUUUGCCAGGAAUGUUCACCCUACGCAGCUCAUUUAUAUGAUGCAGAAGACGCCAACACUCCUCUCCGUGACCUUCCCGGUCUAUGUGGCAACUACUGUACAGAAUUCUGGUUCCGAUGCCGGUCUACACUAAGCCUGAUCAUUGAGGACCGGGACCUAUCCAACAUAGAAAAUGAUGUCGGUAAAUUCUGUCGUCUCCUGACAUUAGAUGAUGUAAAUUACUGUUACCCCAAUGUCUUGACCAAUGCAGAACUAAACACUGACCUUGGGAACACCAAAGAGGAUGAGGAAGGAUGUCUUCAGCUGUGCUUACAAGAAGUGGCCAAUGGGCUACGGAAUCCAGUUGCUAUGGUGCACGCCAAUGAUGGAACCCAUCGCUUCUUUAUAGCAGAGCAAAUGGGCUAUGUAUGGGUCUAUCUCCCAAAUGGUUCAAGAGUGGACAAGCCUUUUCUUAAUGUUUCCAAAGCUGUACUUACCUCCCCCUGGGCUGGAGAUGAAAGAGGUUUUCUGGGUAUUGCCAUGCAUCCUUCUUUUCGGCACAAUGGGAAGUUCUAUGUCUACUAUUCUAUCUACGCAAAGAAGGAGGAAAGGAUACGAAUUUCUGAGUUCCAUCUGUCUACAGAAGACAUGAACAUGGCUGAUCACAACUCUGAACGAAUCAUCAUAGAGGUGACAGAACCUGCAUCUAACCACAAUGGCGGCCAGAUCCUGUUCGGAGUAGAUGGAUAUUUGUACAUAUUCACUGGGGAUGGUGGACGAGCUGGAGACCCAUUUGGAGAAUUUGGGAACGCGCAAAACAAGUCCUCUCUCCUGGGAAAAGUUCUACGUAUUAAUGUGACCGGGAAUGACAAGGGUCCUCCGUACCGCAUACCGGUCGACAAUCCCUUUCUGCGAGAACGGACAGCGAGGCCCGAGGUGUUUGCCUAUGGGGCCAGGAAUAUGUGGAGAUGUUCAGUGGAUAGGGGAGAUCCAAUAACCAGGAAGGGUCGUGGGCGCAUUAUAUGCGGUGAUGUGGGCCAGAACAAAUUUGAAGAGGUGGAUCUUAUCCAGAAGGGAGGAAAUUACGGCUGGAGAGCAAAGGAAGGGUUCUCGUGUUACGAUAAGAAGUUAUGUAACAACGCUUCACUUGAUGAUAUCUUACCAAUAUUCGCCUAUCCCCAUUCAAUUGGGAAGUCAGUGACUGGAGGCUAUAUCUACCGUGGAUGUCAAAUGCCCAAUCUUGUAGGACUUUACAUCUUUGGGGACUUCAUGAGUGGACGUCUAAUGUCUCUAAAAGAAGACAAGGAUGGAAAGUGGCACUACACGGAAAUCUGUAUGGGAAACGGUCAAACCUGCAACUUCCCAAAACUCAUCAACGCCUACUACCCUUAUAUCAUAUCAUUUGGGGAGGAUGAGGCAGGUGAACUCUACUUCCUGUCCACGGGAACGCCCAGUGCUUCUGUAGCGGCCGGAGUCAUGUACAAAAUAGUGGACCCAGCAAAAAGAGCUACUCCAGGAAAAUGUGCUCUUAAUCCUCGAUCUGUUCCUGUCAAAGGAAAACUGGUGGAUUUUUAUCCAAGGCAAAAACUCAUUCGAAAGUCCAAAACCUUGACAACUGCAUCUACUCCAACCUCAAGCUCAGACAGAUUGCACAGUACAACCAGGUUCAGCACAACAUUAGAACCUCACUUGACUGCCACAUCUCCUGCCAGCACAACACACAGGAGAAUGACGACCCCUGGAUAUGUUACCGCCGCUCCUGUUCCUAAGCCACCAACAGCAAGGAAAGGAACAACACCAGCCCCGAAGGCAGAGAAAUCAGUAACUCUGGCUAAGAAGGGAGGGAGGGUCACCGUGACCUCCCGACCUAGGAGUCAGUGGAUUCCCACCAAGGGUUGGCAGAGUGAACUAAAAGAUGUCUUCGCCACCCCUAAAGGAAGAUCAGACACAACCUUUACUCCCAACCAGGGAUCGUCACAGUCAAGAACCAUACCCCGCUCAAAGACCACAUCACCACCUCCUACAAGAAGGACCAAAGUAGGCAAAAGGGGUCCAGGGGGAAGGCGGAUGAGGAAGAAAGUCAUGAAGAAGCAAACAGUAAAGAUCGUAAAGAAAAUCAAACAUGGGACUGUCCGUCUGGUCAAUGAAGAUAAACAACCUGACCGAGGAAGGGUGGAGAUCCACAUCAAUGGAGAAUGGGGGACAAUCUGCAACGACAGAUUUGACAGCAAGGCGGGCUCUGUUGUGUGCAGGCAGUUGGGCUACCCCUAUGUAUUGAAGGUGGCCAGAAAAGCGGAAUUCGGGGAGGGCAAGGGACUGAAAAUUCUUCUGGAUGAAGUGAAAUGUCACGGGUGGGAGAAAACCCUUUUGGAGUGCAAACGAUCGAAAAUUGGUGAACAUGACUGUGCCCAUGAUGAGGACAUUGGUGUGGUGUGUGGGAUGGAGGACAUAUACUUGGACAAGGACCAAUCAACAUAGAGAAUAACUUUUUUUUUCCUGAGACAUUCAGACUGAUAAAAAUUUGUGGAUUUUUUUAACCCUUACCCUAGAUUAUCCAACAUAUAUGAAGGUUUUCUCCCAUAUAAAGCUUCUUUUCCAAACUAGAAAGAUGGGAUAGAUUAAAUGUCUUCAGGAACCAAAGGAACGAGCAAGGAGAGGUCAUUAAAGAGGACCCGUGGCCAACCCAAAAAUUCUGAUUUAACUGUCCUUAAAUAGCCAAGUGUGCCCUGAUCAUACACCUUUUUACAGUUUCUUGAUACGCCCUUCAGUUCCGGAGAUAUCAGGGAUUAUAUUUUGUCUGACAAUUCAGGGAAUCAGUCAGAUAGGCGUGUACUUAAUUUUAAUAAUCAGGUGAUGGGCGGGAUUAUACAGUCAGGGGGUGUGAAUGUUGUACACUGAGGGGCGUAUAUGCCUAAUACACGCCCCCUGACUGUAUAACCCUGCCCAUUACCUGAUAGUCACUCCCAAUAUUAAAAUUAAGUUCACACCCUCCUGACUAUUCACUGAAUUGUCAGACAAAUUAUAAAUCCACUUAUCUUGGGAACCGAAGGGCGUAUCAAGAAACUAUAAAAGGGUAUGUGAUCAGGGUACCCUGUGCUAUUUUAUACGAAUGUAAUCUAAUUUUUAGGGGGUUGGCCACAAGUCCACUUUAAAGUGGAAGCUGCGCUUUACACAGAGAGGUGUCAAGAUGCUACUACCUAUUCAAAAGGUGAACAAUGUCCCUAGCUGGGCUCAGGGCAACGCUACAUCCAGCAAACAAAUGGGGUGAAUACAGUAUAGCGGAAUGUAAUGUAUACUCUUUGGUAACGCAGCAGGUCUGCAACUCUUUGUCUUUUGUGCCCAUCUGCUGGAUCAGUGUUAUUGUUGCUUUUUGCUGAUGAAAGCCGAGAUAUAUAUGACACCCGAACCUCUAUGUCAUAUGAUGCACGCUCAGCGUAGUUCAGGCGCAAAUGACUCAGCUGUGGCUGGAUGGUCACAUGUCAGCUGUGGGGACUGCAGUACUGCCUGUUGUGGUGACAAAAGUGAACAAAUUGUCCUCUUGGUGUAAUAAAAUUUAUAGUCAGCUGAACAAUCA